AUGCAUUCGGACCACGCCCCGCUCUUGGUCCGGUUCUCGCAUGAACGACACCGCCUUGCCUCUGCAUUCCGGUUUCAGAACAUGUGGACUAGACACCACACUUUUCAGGACCACGUCCGCCAGAGUUGGGUUGUCCCGACGGGCACCACCGGUCUCCUCAACCUGCGAUUGAAACUCGGACGCCUCAAGCAGGCUCUGAAGUGGUGGAACAAACAGGUAUUUCGUAAUGUUUUUCAGGUGCCAGCGGCAGCAGAAAAAGACGCCGAGGAGUGCGAAGCGGACUUCGAUCGGGAUCCCUCUGAUGCCAACCUCCUCCGUCGUCAGCGUAGUGCUGCGGCUUUGACGCAUGCGAUUGCACUGGAGGAGGCUUUCUGGAAACAAAAAGCCGCCUGUCGGUGGGCGGUUGAGGGAGAACGGAAUUCCCGUAUGUUCCACUCCAUGGUGAAGGAACGACGCCGGCGGGCGACAAUCUUCUCGAUGGCAGAUGGUGCUCGUACCCUCACUGAUCACUCUGAUAUUAAGCAGUCAGUCAUUACCUAUUUCUCUGGGAUGUUGGGACAGCCUGAUGAUGCCGACACCUCGGGAAUGGAUGCCUUGGCGGACCCACCGCCCCAGGUUCCGCCGGCCGAGUGCACUCGGUUGCUUGAGCCGCCUACACUUGCGGAGAUUCGUGCUGUGGUCUUCUCGAUUGAUCAGGAUAGUGUGGCUGGCCCCGAUGGCUUCUCUGCCGCUUUCUACCAGAAAUGUUGGGAGAUUAUUCGGGAGGAUGUGUUUGCUGCUGUCCUGGAAUUCUUUUCGGGAGCUCCCCUCCUGAAGUUCUAUACAGCGACGACUCUUGUGCUUAUCCCCAAGAAGGAGGGGCCACUUGCAUGGGCUGAUUAUCGGCCUAUCAGCCUCUGUAAUGUCAGUAGUAAGAUCUUCACAAAGCUUCUUACCACGCGCCUUAGCCCUCUACUGCCGCAGCUCCUGUCACCGCACCAGAGCGGCUUUGUCAAAGGCCGCGCGAUUGCGGACAAUAUCCUGUUAGCAUCGGAAAUGGUCCAUGAUCUUAAUCUGAGAGGGGACUCGCACAAUUUAUUGCUGAAAUUGGACCUUAACAAGGCAUAUGAUCGGGUGUCAUGGCGGUUCUUGCGGCACGCCCUUUCCAGGUUCGAUCUCUUAUCACGAGGCUUGGAGCGCCUCUACAGCCGUUUUCCGGAUCUGUACUAUCGGUGUCGUGGUCGGUUCCGGCUGAUGCACCUAGCCUACGCGGAUGAUGUCCUCAUAUUCGCUAAUACAUGUGGCAAUCGCAUUAGCCUUCUGACGGACUUUCUGACGACUUACGCACGGAUUACUGGUCAGAAGGUGAAUUGUCAGAAGAGUCAGCUUGUUUUCAGCCGCCAGUGCCCGGAGAGUGUACAACGGCUGCUCCAAUCGGUGACUGGUUUUGGCGCGGCUGAACAUCCCCUCACGUACUUUGCCCUCCCCAGACGGUACUUCACUCCGUGGAGCAGCUAUUUGCUCGUUUUUUCUGGGGCUCUUAUCACGGGCACCGUCGCCGCCAUUGGAUCUCCUGGGUGGAUAUUGCACGGCCUCAGGAGGAGGGUGGACUUGGCAUUCGCCGCCUUGCCGAUAUGGUCCGGGCUUUCUCUUUUAAACUGUGGUGGCGACUCAGAGAUGGCUCCUCCCUUUGGGCUCGCGCGCUUCAACAGAAAUAUUUUCGUAAUUCCUUUCCAGGACUUGCACCCUGCCGAAGCUACGACAGCGCGGUUUGGAAACGCCUCUGCCAGGUUCGAGACGAGGCACAGACUCAGAUCACUUGGAAUUUGGGGCGUGGGGACUGCUUCUUUUGGUAUGAUACUUGGUGUGGAGAUCGUCCUCUAUGCACUGACCGCCAGGACCGCCCUCCGCCGAUACGGGUGA